ACUCCAGGCUGGUAGGUGGCGCUAAACACACGGGGAGGGUGGGUAUCAGCCACUGAUGAACAAAAUCAAGAAGAAGUUGAGGAGAAAAAGGAAAGAAACCGGAAGAAGACAACAUCGGCACCACAAUGACUUCGCUUAGGAGACUACACAAGGAGCUUGAUGACAUGCGCAAGUAUGGGGUUAAGAACUUCCGCAACAUUCAAGUGGAUGAAUCCAACAUUUUGAGCUGGCAAGGGCUCAUCGUUCCUGACAGUCCCCCAUAUGACAAGGGAGCAUUUCGGAUUGAGCUGCUCUUCCCUGCGGAGUACCCCUUCAAGCCACCCAAGAUCACUUUUAAGACAAAAAUCUACCAUCCCAACAUUGACGAGAAGGGUCAGGUCUGCCUGCCCAUCAUCAGCGUCGAGAACUGGAAACCAGCCACGAAAACUGACCAGGUGAUUCAGAGUCUCAUCAACCUGGUGAGCUCCCCUCAGCCGGAGCAUCCACUGAGGGCCGACCUGGCAGAGGAAUACAGCAAAGAUCGUGCAAAAUUCAUGAAGAAUGCCGAGGAGUUCACAAAGAAACACAGUGAAAAGCGACCCGUCGACUGACGACGCCACACUGACGCUCUCAGGUGUUGGCCUCGUUUCUGUUUCCUGUUUAAAGACACACCCUGACUCGGCAAACUACAUAGAGAUGCCCUUUUCUCGCGUUUCUGCAUUAUUUUAGCACUCUCCCCAACCACUCCUUAAUAGAGGCUCGUGUUUCUGUUUCACUUUGCCAAAAAAAGGAAAAAAAAGCAGGACUUUUCGGUGAGUAAGCAGCCUCUGGCCUCUAGGUGUCACCUUUUGGUUGUUUUGACUUCUUUCUACUGAUUUCUUUAUAGAAAAAUUAUGGGAGGUGGCAUCGUGGAAAGUAAAAUGUCAGAAAAAAAAAAUUAAAAAGUGCUGUUCUGCUUAAAUGUUGAAAUGUUUUCUUUGAUUAAUCAUCAACUCAUGCAGAUCUGUUUACACAUUUAAAAUUUUUUUGUGUUUCCAGAAGUAACCAAAUGCGCAGGCUGUUGUUCAUAUCCUGUCUUCAUUUUCCUUUUGUCUCCUUUUCCCCUAAGACACACUGUACUUUGUGAAAUGAUCUGUUUCAGGACACGGAAAUUUAAAGUUUGUUAGUGAUACAGACUUCCAUGUGUAAACACAGAAAUUUAUGAAACUGCAGCGACAUUCAUGCACCCUUUGAAAUGUUUUUGUAUGUUGAGAUGUUGGGGAAAAGUCUGUUCUGAUUAAAAUUCUUCUGUCUUCUGCGUGUCUGGAUGUUGGACGAAGUUCUGCAGGCACAGCAGUCUCCUCUUUUCUUUAAUCUUGUUAAUUUAUCUUGUUGAAGCACACGCCAUUAACCAAGCUGUUCAGUUCUGCAGAAGUAACGAGAAUAAAAUCAAUGUUGGUUUUAAAACAGAAA